GCUACCUUCCCUUGGGACCUUGGACUUAAGCUGGGGAGUGCUUGAAGGCAAUAUAAAGCUGCCUGCUGGAGGCUGCUCCUCACACAGCUUCUGCCAGCAAGAUGAAGUGCCUCCUGGUCCUCCUCUCCCUCGCCGCCCUCACAAGGGCUCAAGAAUUUCCAGCCUGCUUAUGCGGUGCCUUUAUUACCUUGAUGGAAGAGGAGAUUGAGGUCUUCAGGUUACCUCCCAUCGAAGUGGCGGACUGUGACGCCACUACGGACUGCCGUGCAAGGUGCAUAGAUGAGUGGACGACAAUAACUGAAGACGGGGAUCUGGACUACACCUGGCUGGACGGGGUGACCAUCGGCCAGCACAUGUGUGACUCUCUCCACGAUAAUGACCACUCUGAUGUUGGCCCACAUGAGGUGUACCUGUACUACAAUAUCUGCCUUGGGCCCUGGAUUUACACCGGCCAGACGAGCAGAAAUACUCUUUGUUGCAGCAGCAGUAAUUACCUCACCUGCCCGCCACCCCCCACAGUGUUUCAAAACUAGUCUAGUAGGAACUGAAAAAAACACUACAACUACUGUUGCUGCCUUACUUCAACGACCUGAGGUGGCACUCUAACAACUUCUACCACCUGCCCUAACAACCACCUGCAAGAGGUCACUGGAACACCACGUCUCCAUAGACAAUUUUAGUGAUCUUUUUCAUUCUCAAAAUGUAAACAACAAAUAAAUGGCAACAAUGAUUAUUUAGAACCUA